UUUCAGAAAACUCCUCAAUGUUAAUUUUGGAAGGUUUUAUAAUUCCAUCUGAGAUUCGGGUAUCGGUGUUUAUUUUAUGCCUUGCUGUAUAUGCUGUGAUUCUUACGGGCAAUCUAACACUUUUAUUUGCAAUCUCUUUCAAUCAACAGUUACAUAAACCGAUGUAUAUGUUUCUUUCCAAUAUGAUAAUCUGUGAUCUAAUUGGAAGCACUGCUCUAAUGCCCAGACUGAUGUAUGGGGUUAUGACAGAAGAUAAACUAAUUUCGAUUCAUGCUUGUGUCAUUCAGGCUUUUUGCAUUCACUCAUACGGAAGUGCUACUCAGCUUAUGCUAACCGUCAUGGCUAUAGACAGAUACUUUGCGAUUUGUAACCCUUUGCGAUACCACGCGAUUAUGACUAAGUGGACCAUAGUCAAGCUUUCUUUGCUGGCCUGGGGAGUAGCUUUUGUUUUGAUUUUUAUUCUGCUUUUUCUUACUUUAAGACUUCCACGAUGCAAAUUUCUUAUAGUUCACGCAUAUUGCUUCAAUGGAUCUUUAUAUUUAUUAUCUUGUGUCGACACAACUGUGAACAGUAUUUACGGUUUAUUCGUCACGUAUUUUUUAACCACUGUAUCAUUUUCUACAAUUGCAUUUACAUAUACUAAAAUAUUAAUUACAUGCUUAUUCAAAGCAGAAAAUAACAGUAAAAAUAAAGCAAUCCACACGUGUUCAACUCAUUUAACUGUUUAUUCUCUCUUUGAAAUAACAGCAAUAUUUUCAACUAUAGCCGUGAGACUUCCGAAUUUCUCUCCAAAUGCAAUAAAAGCAAUGGGAACUUUAAUGGUUAUUUUACCUCCUGUUGCUAAUCCAAUCAUUUAUGGUCUUAGCACCAAAGAAAUUCGUAAUAUUUUUAUGAAACACGUAAAAAAUAGGAUAUCUAACCAGUGAAUAUCUGCAUAAAAAGCGAAACGAUUACAAUAACCGUUAUAUCUCUUUAAAUCAUUACUUUGACAAAUACAAUUAAGCUCAUUAAACCUAAACAAACAUAAAAUUAUAUACGUAAAUGUUGGAAAAGCUAGCAGACAGAAAAUAUAAUAAGAACCAUAGCAGACUCUCUGAAAACCUUGCACGGUUGUUGCCAUUUAAAAUAUGCUUCUUCUGAAAUUAAGAUUUAGAAUAGAAAAUAAACCUACUCUUAAAACCUUUGUGACCCUUUAACAAAUACAGUACAGGUUAUUUUUAGGUUUUUAUCUUUUUGAAACCGCAGUAUAGACUUGUUAAAUUUAAAAACACGUGUGUUUCAUUAGGCAAGCUGGAUUUAACAUUU